CGAGCGAAGUGAACCCCACCUCCCCCCUGAGAAAUCGUGGGGUGGUGGCGUGGGGUCCGCAUGUGGCCUCCUAGCCAUGGGGCCACCGCGGCCUCAGCAGGACUGCCACGGCGAGGCCGCGGAGACCGCCCGCGGCGGCGGCGGCGCGGAGGCCGCGCCGGACGAGGCCGCAGAGGUCGCCGACGGCGGGGGCGGGCCUGGCCUCGGCAUGGGCCUGCGGCCACCACUGGCCCGAAGCUGCUCGGGCGGCAGCUCCCGGGAGCGCGCCGCCUCGGAGGGCGGUGCCGCGCAGGGGCCGGCUGGGCUGGGGCGGCCGCCGGACUCGGGCGAGGCGCAGGCGCCAGCCGCGGACAGGCGAGCCGCUGGCAUUUGGCGCCCUCGGCGCAGCAAGUGUGCCGAAGAAACUGACGAAGACCCGGCGUGGUAUAAACACAAGCGGCACGUGUUGGUCUUUGCGUACAGUGGCAAGCCUGUGUACACCAGGUAUGGUUCCGAGGACGGUAUCUGCAAGACCGCUGGCGCACUCUCGGCGAUCGUGUCGAAGAUGGCAACGUUCUUUUUCGCGAGCAGCAGCUCGCCCGACUCGUUGAAAUACAUGGUGGCCGGGGAGCGCAUAUUUGUCUUCGUGGAAAAAGGGCCGCUUUGGCUGGUGUGCAUUUCGAGGUGUGGAGACGUUUAUCCGGACGUGGUGAAGAUGCUCGACCGUGUCCACUCCCAAAUUGUUGCGAUUUUGACAAGAGGCAUUGAUAGGACGCUGAUUGCGAACCCCAAUUACGACAUGAGGAGCUUGCUCGGGGGCACCGACUGCGUCGUCAACAGCAUGAUCAGAUGGUGCACUCAGGACUUCUACGCCCACGUGGACGGCUUCGAGCCGCUCCCGCUGGCCCCGGCGUCCCGUAACGCGGCUGUGGAGGCUCUGCGGUCUGCGAAGGUGCCCAAUGUUCUCUGUGGCUUCCUCAUGGCCUCGAGCCGCAUCCUGGCAGUGGUGACCAACAGGCAGUUCAAGCUGAACGCCGUCGACCUGAGCAUGGUCGUGAACAUGAUCAUGUCGUCAGCGUCCCUCCGCUCCGGGGAGUCGUGGACCCCUGUGUGCUUGCAGCACCUGAGCGACAAGGCCUUCGCGUACGCGUACAUCUCGUUCAUUGAGGGCGCAGAUGUCGGAGUGGUGUUCCUCUCCUCCGACAACGUCGGGGAGCAGUUCUACGCGAUCUCGAAACAGGCCGCCAACGUCAAGCGCGUCUUGCAGUCGUCUGGAUGCCUUGACGCCGUGGUGGAGGCCAUGCAACAGUGCCCCAUCGAUCUCCGCGCAGGGCCUGGCGAGGAUGGCGCGCGGGGCCAGGUGCCAGCCAGGCGCACGGCACUGGCGCCAGCGCCCCCAGGCCAGUUCAAGUUACUGGGAGACAUUAUCCACGCGGCUUAUUUCGUGCCCUCUCUGCAGCAGUUCUUCUCCUCGUCCAUCGCCCCGCCGUACCGGAGCAGGAGGCGGGCCAAGAUGCUUUUCCGAUGCUACGGCCGCUGCCGGCUCCUGCUGCGGAAUGCCACCAAGCUACCUGCACAGAUCUGCAUAGCAACGGACCACGAGUGCUUCUACGCGUAUCUGGCCGUGGACCACCAGCUGUACCUUGCCGUCCCGCGCGGGAUCUCCACGGGCGUCAUAGGCCAGUUCUACCAGUGGAUGAAGAGCCAGGAGGCCCACAUUUUCCUCGGCCAGAUCCCGUGCUGGUGAGCGCGGAACGCGCGGGUUGCGGCCGCGGGGCGCGGCCACGUGCUGCGGAGCCGAGAGCCGCGGCGUCGGCGGGGGAGGAGGAAAA